AUGAAGAUUACUAUAACUCUCCUCGCCGCCAUCAUGGCCACAUCCGUGAUCGGAUCCCCAAUUGCAAACCGUGAUGCCCCCUCGGCUGCUGAAGUCAAGCGCGAAACUGAGGAGCCUUAUGAACAUAAGGCAUCUAUUUACAACAAACGCGAGACCGAGGAGCCUUAUGAACAUAAAGCAUCUAUUUACAACAAACGCGAGACUGAAGAGCCUUAUGAACAUAAGGCAUCUAUUUACAACAAACGCGAGACCGAGGAGCCUUAUGAGCAUGAAACAUCCAUCUACGCCAAGCGUGAGACUGAGGAGCCUUAUGAACAUGCAACAUCCAUCUACAUCAAACGUGAGACCGAGGAGCCUUAUGAACAUAAGGCAUCUAUUUACAAUAAGCGUGAUAUUGCCAACUACGAUGGGCUCACGUCAAUUUAUAACUGA